UAUUGCAGGGGUUGCCUCAGCAGGGCGCAGAGUUUGCCCUGUGGCGGCCUCAGCUCUCUCCACAGGCAGAUGAGCAGGUGGACUGGCCGGGAGACCUGCAGCCCCCCACCUCCUCAGGAACACCCUCGUGUCCUCAUCACAGGUGAUACAAAUAACACUGUCAGUGGCAAAUAACUGCUGCUUCCGUCUAAAAUGUAUUUAUUCAGGGAAAAGAUGGACUUUUCCCCUCAGCUACCCAAACGCUGGGUCCGUUGAUGCUGCCAUUGUUUUUUCUACCAAUUUCCCCGUGCGGCCACUGCUUUGCACUGUCUGGCCACAGAGCAGUUACAAUAGGGGUAGAAGGCCUUGCUCAAAGGUCGCCGUUUAAGGGAGCGGAGAGCGGCACGGAACACUUCCGAAAAGAUCCUCGGUUUCAAAUGACAAGAAAUGUAGGUGGCCUUGGGCAGUUAGGUGUGGGGCUUGCACAAUUGCUGAGAAAACUGUACGGAAGAGAGAAUGUCAUCCUCUCCGACAUCAAGAAGCCUCCACCUCAUGUUUUCACCAGUGGUCCAUUUGUAUACGCCGAUGUCUUGGAUUACAAGAACCUCAGAGAGCUGAUUGUAAAUAAUCGUAUCACUUGGCUGAUCCACUACAGCGCUCUGCUCAGCGCUGUGGGUGAGGCGAAUGUGGCUUUGGCACGCAAGAUCAACAUCACAGGCCUUCAUAACGUGCUGGACCUGGCCCUGGAGAACUGUCUGCGCCUGUUUGUCCCCAGCACCGUUGGAGCUUUUGGUCCCUCUUCUCCACGUGACCCGGCCCCAGACCUCUGUAUCCAACGACCUCGAACCAUUUACGGCGUGUCCAAAGUGCAUGGAGAACUGAUGGGGGAGUAUCUCCAUCAUAAAUAUGGCCUUGACUUCCGCUGCCUACGUUACCCAGGUGUGAUAUCGGUCAACAGCUCUCCUGGAGGAGGAACAACAGACUAUGCCGUUCAGAUCUUCCACGAUGCUCUCAGCACGGGUCACCACGAGUGCUACCUACGACCCGACACCCGUCUUCCCAUGAUGCACAUCUCCGACUGCCACCGCGCCACGGUAGAGUUCAUGCAGACUCCAGAGAGCCAGCUGUCCCUGCGCACCUACAACAUCGGCGCCAUGAGUUUCACUCCAGCGGAGGUGGCCCAAGAGAUUCGCAAGCAUCUCCCCAACCUGAAGGUCACCUACAACCCCGACUCUGUCCGCCAGACCAUCGGUAUUACGACAGACAGCUGGCCAGUGAGGUUUGAUGACAGCAAUGCCCGGAGGGACUGGGGCUGGGCGCCAGCCUUUGCGCUUGAAGAGCUGGUGUCAGACAUGUUGCAUUUGAUUCGAGACAAGCGGACCAAUGAGGGUUUGCCAGUCAGCUAGCAAAACCUGCUCAACAAAGAUCGACCAAUGCCCCACCCCGGACUUUUCUUCAGCCUGCAUCUACCAACAACUACAAUCAACCACUGUCCUGUGUUACUCUGGCACAUUAUAAUAAUGAGUAAAUAAGUCAGAACCUCUCACUAUACAGUGGACAGUGAGACGUUGCGCACACAAGCACACACGUUUCAGUCUUUGUUGUUUUUAAUUGUUCUCCUGGUAUAAGCAUCACUCAGGUGCAACAGAAAAGUAUUAUUUGUUAAGCUUUAGAUAAUUUCAAACGUCAUAUUUAUCCCAUGCGUGGACACAACAGUCUGUUACAAUGUUUACAAAUAUGGACUAGAUGCAUAUUUAAAGUAACAAACCUGUUUUACACUUUGCUUCCUAACUAAUAAGUCUUUAAUGAUUUAGUCUAUCAAGUGGGAAUCACACAGUGUACACGACCCCACUACUCUUGCUGUGGCAUCUAACUGGAAGCCUUCGUUUGACUUUUUUUGCCCAGCAGUGUGAUUUUUGGUGAUGACGAAGUACCAAUAACCAAUGAAUCCUUACUUACUUACUGUAGAUUACUUUUGGAAAACAAUGUCUAAAAUGCGGUGUUGUUUGUAUCGGACCUUGAAUAAUAAAAAUGUCAUUCAGCCAAACA